GACACUCUCUCUCUGUAUCUGAAUGUCUCUCGCCCCCUGUCUCUCUCUCUCUCUCUCUCUCUCUGUAUCUGAAUGUCUCUCGCCCCCUCUCUCUCUCUCUCUGUAUGUGAAUGUCUCUCGCCCUCUCUCCCUCAGAACAAUGUGUCGUUCACAAUAAUGGGAUUACAGCCAUCCAGCCGGCUGCUCACUCGCCCUGCCUAUCUCUCCUGUCACCCCCCCCUCUCUCCAUCUGUCUGUUGGUAGUCGUUCGUCCCCUCUCUCUCUCUCUCUCUCGCCCGGCGUGCAGGUUCUUUCAGUUCUUGUCGUCUGUUUUUUGGAGGAAUGAAAGAAAGACGGACUGUUUCCUGAAUGAAGUAAAGAGGAGCUGCCAUGUUGGCCUGCUCCAUUCCCCCAUCACUCCUCUUCCUCCUGCUCUUACCCCCUCCUUCUUACCCAGCUGAUGUCAUUGCGACCUCUGACCCCUCUGUGCGAUGGGUGGAGCUACACGGCGCCCCCCUGUCUCACCUGGUGCUGUACCCGGGGCUAGGCCACCUGUAUGUGGGUGGGGUUGACCAUCUGUACCAACUGACCUCUGACCUGGAAGUGACGUCACAUGUCAAGACCGGCCCUCACCUGGACUCCCCAGACUGCCUCCCACCGAUCGUGCCACAGGACUGCCCCUCGGCCACGCUCACUCACAACCACAACAAACUGCUGCUGCUGGAGGCGGGGCAGGGGGCAGAGCCAGUGAGUCUGAUUGUCUGUGGGUCACUCUACCAGGGUAUCUGUGACAAGAGGAGUCUGACCAACAUCUCUCAGCUCAUCUAUCAGACCUCCAACCCCGUCGACACUCAGUAUGUCGCCGCCAAUGACCCUCGAGUCUCCACUGUCGCCGUGGUGAUAACCACAGAGAACAAACAGGAAGGGGGCGGGGCUGGUGGCAUCAUGCGAUUGAUGUUAGUUGGUCGAGGCUACACCAGUAAAGGCCCCGGUGAUAUCCCACCAAUCACAACGCGGCGUCUGUUCCCGGUGGUCCCGUCUCGCCAGGCGUUCUCUCAGGAGGAGGAGCUGGGGAAACUCGUUGUAGGAAGUUACUCAGAGUACAACAACCACUUUGUGAAGGCCGUCACCCAUGGCAACCACGUCUACUUCCUGUUCUCGCGGCGGCACAAGAAGGAGUACCAGACCUAUGCCUCCCGGCUCUGCACCUCUGACCGCAGCUUCUACUCGUACGUGGAGGUGCCGCUGAAGUGCAACGGUGGGUACAACCUGGCUCAGGGAGCGUGGUUAGGAAACCACUCAGGUAAACCUGCACUGUUCAUCAUCAUGGCGGCAGGACAAGCUUCCACACCUGUACCGACUGAUCGCUCAGCGCUCUGUGUUUAUGGGAUGGCAGACCUUGACGACAAGCUUCAGAGAGCGCAGGAAGCGUGUUAUACAAACGGAGGAAUAGGCCCCAGUCGAAAGGAAGAGGCAUACAUUGAAUAUGCUGUGUCAUCAAAAUGUCUGACAUUACCAAAGGACUCUGUCUCAGAGUACCCCUGUGGGGGGGAACACACCCCAAACCCCAUCGCCAGUGCUGUGCCGCUCGAGGCCACGCCCACCUUCACCUCGACCAUCCAGCUGACUGCUGUCACCACGGCAACAGAAGCGGGACACACCAUUGCCUUCCUGGGAGACAGAGAGGGACGACUGCACAAGCUGCUGGUGGACUCUGAUAGGACAGGAGAUCUGUACGGCAGCCUGUUGGUGGACCGCAGCAGUAGCGUCAGUGCUGACCUCCUAUUGGACGACAGUCAGCAGCACGUUUAUGUUUUAACCAACAGCCGGCUGUCGAAGGUUCCUGUGUCAUCCUGUGAGAGACAGACAGACUGUCAGUCCUGUCUCGCUGUCAGGGACCCGUACUGUGGCUGGUGUGUCCUGGAGGGAAGAUGUUCCCGUAAACAGCUGUGUCAGCGCCACAUGCAGCCCAACCAUUGGCUCUGGAGCUUUGACCCGACCAAUCAGUGUGUGACAGUGCAGAGUCUGCAGCCAGCCAAUCACAGCAAAGACGAGCAGACACUGGUAACGCUGUCAGUCAUCCAGCUUCCCGCCCUCACUGAGAUAGAGUCUCUGUCCUGCGUCUUCGGGCUCCUCCCACCUCAGCCCGCCACCGUCACAGGAACCAGCAUCACCUGUCAGUCACCUGCACCGGAGCUCCUCCCAUCCAUGCUAACAGGAAGUGAUCACAUGAUCCUGCCUGUGUCACUGGUGUUUGAUCAUGUGACCAUCACCACGGGCAACAUGACCUUCUACAACUGUGGAGCUGUGAGCCGACUGAACCAGAGCUCCCAGUGUCUGGCAUGUGUCAGCAGUGUGUGGCGAUGUAACUGGUGUCCUCUGGAUCAACUCUGCACUCACAACCACAGCUGUCCCAACCAGCACAUCAUCCUCAACCAGAGAGAGGACUCUCCUGGUCCCACUUCCUGUCCUCUGGUCUUCGCCCUGCAGAGUUCUGCUUUAGUGCCGUUGGGUCUGAGAUCCACUGUGGUUCUACAAGGACGAAACCUGGACGUCUUCACUGAUGAAGCUCAGUAUGUGUGUGUUGUGGAAAUUGAAGGAGUCCAGUUCAAUCUAUCAGCUGCUGCAGAGAAAACAAACGACAACACAAACACCUUCACCUGCAGCCCGCACCAGUUUCAGUAUGCUGCCAGUCAGCUACAGUAUUUGGCUCCUGUCUAUCUGCGCAGAGGAGAAAGACGCAUUGACGCCUCACCUGGCCUCCGACUCCAGUUGUAUGACUGCUCAGCCGGCCAAUCAGAUUGCUCACAGUGCCGGGCAGUGCCACAGGAGUACGGCUGCGUGUGGUGUCCAGGAAGCCCUGCCCCCAGCUGCAUUUACAACCAAUCCUGUAGCAGCGUACCUGCAGACAACUGCCCACCUCCUCAGAUCACAGAGGUUCGACCUGUCUCCGGUCCUCUGGAGGGCGGAGUCCUGGUGACAAUCACAGGAUCCAAUCUGGGGAUGAGGUACAAGGAUGUGGUGGGUGGAGUCACUGUGGCAGGUGUUCAGUGUCUGCCUCAACCUGAAGGAUACCAGGUCUCCACCAGGGUCGUGUGUGAGCUGCAGCCCAGUGGGAAGCAGACACGGGGUCACGUCCUGGUUACCGUGGGAACAACUCCACCUGGAAGGUCAAAACAGAUCUUCACCUAUCAGGACCCACAGCUCCUGGAUCUGGUUCCUGAUAAAGGUCCAGUCUCUGGAGGAACCCAACUGACCAUCAGAGGACGACAGCUGCUGACCGGACAAAAGUCAGACCUGAGCGCCUUCCUGGGUCCCCAGCCCUGCUACAUUGUGGAGGAGGUGAACGACACCCAGCUGGUGUGUCAGACUGGUUCCAGUAAUCAGACUGGUGGAGUCCCGGUUCGGGUUCUGUUUGGUAAGGCGGAGAGAACGGUUCCCAGCGUUACCUUCCGUUACCUUGACGACCCCGCCAUCACUGACGCCACGCCCGCAGAGAGCUUCUACGCAGGCGGGCGCGUUGUCAUGGUGACGGGCAGAAACCUGGAUGUCGUCCAGCAGCCAAUCAUAGCAGUGUGGGUGGAGCCUCUGGAGGUCCAGAGGGUGAAACGGAGGAGACGAUUGGCUCUGCUCACCGCUAAACAGCAGCUGAUCUUCAACAGCACCAUGACAACGGUUUCGGAACGCUGCUCUGUCCUGUCGUCCUCUCAGAUGACCUGUCCGACCCCCAAGGUGACAUCAGAGGUCAAAGUGAAGGGGGUGUGGUUUCAGUUGGAUAACGUCAGAGUCCACUAUGACAGCAUCAAGGGUAAAAGCUUCACCUACUAUCCAAACCCAGAGUUUUUCCCUCUGAAUCGAGAAGCUCCGGAUGCUCCGUAUCCAUUCAAACCAGGAGGAGUGAUCGCUGUGGAGGGCCAGCACCUCACCAGAGCCAUAUCCAGACAGGAAGUUACAGCCUGGCUCGGGGACCAGGAGUGUGAAGUGAAAACUCUGGACAACACUCACCUGUACUGUGAACCUCCAGAGAUCCAACCAAUGAGUGUGGACGAAGGCAACGAGCUGCCCAGCCUCAAGGUGUUCAUGGGAAACCUGCAUGUGGACCUGGGGUUGGUUCAGUAUGACAGUGACUCUCUGCUGUCUCCCGUCCCAUUGGCUGCUCAGAUUGGUUUGGGGGCGGGAGCAGCUGUCAUCAUCCUGUCAGUGCUGGUCGUCAUCCUCAUGUACAGGAGGAAGAGUAAACAGGCUCUCAGAGAUUAUAAGAAGGUUUUGCUGCAGUUGGAAACUCUGGAGAUCAACGUGGGAGACCAGUGCCGCAAAGAGUUCACUGACCUGAUGACAGAGAUGAUGGACCUGAGCAGUGAUGUUGGAGGACCAGGACUCCCCCUGCUGGACUACAGGACGUAUGCAGAGAGAGUCUUCUUCCCUGGCCAGCAAGUGGCACCGCUGAGCCGCCAGCUGGACCUGCCGGAGUCCAGGAGGCAGACUGUGGAACAGGGUCUCCAGCAGCUCAACAACCUGCUCAACAACAGACUCUUCCUCACCAGGUUCAUCCACACUCUGGAGGCCCAGCAGGGAUUCUCUCAGAGGGACCGGGGCUACGUAGCCAGUCUGCUCACCAUGGCCCUGCACGACAAACUGGAGUACUUCACCGAGGUCAUGAAGAGUCUGCUGCAAGACCUGGUCCAGCAGUACGUCGCCAAGAACCCCAAACUGAUGCUGCGCCGGACAGAGACAGUUGUAGAGAAGAUGUUGACCAACUGGAUGUCGAUCUGCCUCUACUCCUUCCUCAAGGAGGUGGCCGGGGAGCCUCUCUACAUGCUCUACAGAGCCAUAAAGUAUCAGGUGGAUAAAGGGCCGGUGGACGCUGUUACGGGAAAAGCCAAACGGACGCUGAACGACAGCCACCUGCUGAGAGAGGACAUCGACUACUGCGCCAUGACUCUGACAGUGUUGGUGAAGAACGGAGUUGAAGUUCAACCUUGUCCUGUUAAAGUUCUCGACACUGACACUAUCACACAGGUGAAGGAUAAGAUCCUAGAUCAGGUCUACAGAGGAGCUCCAUUCUCUCAGAGACCAGCAGCAGACAGUCUAGAUCUGGAGUGGCGUUCAGGUCAGGCAGGUCACCUGACCCUGUCAGAUGAUGAUGUCACAGCGGUGGUUCAAGGUCGCUGGAAACGACUCAACACUCUUCAGCACUACAAGGUUCCAGACGGAGCGACAGUUGCCCUAAUUCCUCGUUCUCAGAGUUCAGGUGGAGUCAACCAGGUGUUCCAGACAGGAGAAAAAACGCCGAUGCUGGAGGGCGAGGAGGAGGAGGGUCUGCGUCUGUGGCACCUGGUGAAGAGCAGCGAAGAUCCUGAAAUCCCAAAACACAGAAAGAGCAGCAUGAGGGAGAGAGAGCGAGCCAAGGCCAUACCUGAGAUUUACCUGACCAGACUGCUGUCCAUGAAGGGGACAUUGCAGAAGUUCGUGGACGACGUCUUUGUGGCGAUCCUCAGUACGAAGCGUCCUCCUCCUAUCGCCGUCAGAUUCUUCUUUGACUUCCUGGACGACAUGGCAGAGAAACACGGCAUCGACGACCCAGAGACUGUCCACAUCUGGAAGACCAACAGUCUCCCUCUCAGGUUCUGGGUGAACAUCCUGAAGAAUCCUCAGUUUGUUUUGGACGUUCAGGUGACAGACAGCAUUGACGCUGUCCUGUCUGUCAUCGCUCAGACCUUCAUCGACUCCUGCACUACCUCGGAGCACAAAGUGGGACGGGACUCUCCUGUAAACAAACUGCUGUAUGCCAGAGAGAUACCGCGAUACAAACAGCUGGUGGAGAGGUAUUACAGUGACAUCCACAGCGCUGCGUCUGGCUGUUAUCAGGAGAUGAACUCUACUCUGACUGAACUGUCCGGGAGUUUUGCCUCAGAGAUGAACAGUCUUGUUGCUCUUCAUGAACUCUACAAAUACAUCAACAAAUAUUACGACCAGAUCAUCAUGUCUCUGGAGGAAGACAGUUCGGGGCAGAAGAUGCAGUUGGCCUAUCGGCUGCAGCAGGUCGCUGCCCUGGUCGAGAACAAGGUCACUGACCUCUGAUGAUCUCUGACCCUGAGCCUGUGCUGAGGAAGAGGAGGAUGAAGAAGCUCUGAGAGACUUCUUGUUAACACUGUGUCUUCCUGUGUGUGUGUGUGUGUGUGUGUGUGUGUGUGUGUGUGUGUGUACGAGGUCUUUAUAGUCAGACUCAGGAGCUCUUUAGGUUCCUUCUGCAGCAGCAAAAUAACCCCAAACUGACCUGAAUCAGACCUGAACCAGACCUAAACCAGACCUGAACCAAACCUGAAUCAGACCUGAACCAGACCUGAAUCAGACCUGAAUCAGACCUGAACCAGACCUGAACCAGACCUAAACCAGACCUGAAUCAGACCUGAACCAGACCUGAACCAGACCUAAACCAGACCUGAACCAAACCUGAAUCAGACCUGAACCAGACCUGAAUCAGACCUGAACCAGACCUGAAUCAGACCUGAACCAGACCUGAACCUGGACCAACCUGGCUCCAGAAAACGACAAUCUAUCAAUUAGAUCAGGGAACAUCAUCAUCACUUGCUGCCUUGAGCUAUUUCCCAGAGUUCCCUGCUGUCUGCAGGAGUCAGAAAGCACAAUGUUAAUAUUUUCUUCUUUCUUCUAGUAUUGAUUAUUGACCUGCUGGAUGCUUUUUAUCGAAAGUAUUUUUGCCUUUUCUACUGAAACCAGCACUCUAAACGCAAUAAUCAGGGAGAGUUUCUACAUUUUCAGUCUGAUUCCAGUUUCUGAUUCUAAUAUGAAUGAAUAAUAAUAUUAAUUAUUAAUCUGCUGCCUGGAACUCUCCAGGUAAAUUCACAACCUCAGGACCCCGUCCCGCACUCGUUUCCAGUCUUCCUCAGUUUCAGGUGGAGUCCACAUUGACUCACCAGGGUUCUCAGGUUUGUAUCGAUGUAAAUUAUUGGACAGUUGAUCAACCAAUCAGCACACAGCAGAAGGAUGAGGGAAUGUAGACCUUCUACCAUCUGCUGUAGAGGUCUUCACAGGUCCACAGCUAAUAAGCUAACGUAGCAUUUGCUCCUUUAGAACAGCUUCCUAUUGGUCGAUGGUGUGAAUUGAACUCAAAGGAAAAGACUUUUACAGAUUUUAUUGUUUCAUUUAUUGUAAAUGAAAAUGAACUGAUUCUGUAGAAAACAUUUGAAAUGUGAGCCAGCUUUAAUACAUUUCUUCUGCGGAUGCUAGGAAUGUUGCCUGUUAGCUCCCUCAACAGUGGAUGUGACUAGUUCCUGAAACAAAGAAAUAAACCAACCACUGACUAACAUGCAGUUCCUGAGUUGGACCAAAAACAGGUGCCAGUAGAGUCCUGGUACUUCAGCACAACCCUGACCCUCAUUCUUAGGGUGUUUUUUAUCCUUUUAACAAGGACAUUUUCAGUGCUGUCUUCUUAGCAUUCAGCUAGCUGUGUUUACACGGAGACACAAGUUGUGUGUCAGUCUGAAUCCUUCCACACUCUCACUGUAAGAGUCCAUCAGUUCACGCUGUUAGUGAGGCAGAACGCACUGUGUGGACCCAGAUGGUUCAUAACCCUCAAAAUGUUGGACACUUCUGGCACUCAGCGGGGACCAUUUUCUCUACGUAGGAAGGAAAGCGACCACCAGAACAGACUUGGCGUAGACGGUGUAAUUUCCACCUCGCAUGAAACAGGGACACGCAGGAGAUGAAAGUAGAAGCAGGUUCAUCUUUGAUUUAUAUCGUGUAUCCAGUGAAAAAUCAUCCGUAUUAGCGCUAAGGCUGUGCGGUUGUAAGUCGCCUUAGAAAAAGAAGGUGAAACUACACUGCUAAAAUAAUUACUGCACUAGUAAGUACGUAGCGUGGAUAAUGUACUACAUAGUGUGUACUAACGGAAGUAUUCAACACAGCGUCAGUUUCCCAUUGAGUACCUAGCUGCUGUACGCAGCGUUUUAUAAAUAAUGAACUUGCUAGGCGAGAUUUGGGGCAUCAAAGUAUCAAAGUAGUUAUUUUUAGGCAAUUAUUUCACAACUUCUAUUGUAUAUAUACGCCUCGGAAAAAAUAUUGAGGUCCAGACAUCGGUGACCUCAGUGGUGGGUACCGCCAUUCUCACUGAGGAGGCAGUACUCAAUAAGAAGUAAGGGUACUCAUGUGGACAAACAUCAGUAGUACCAAUACUGGCCCAUUUCAGGCACUGCUCUUCAAACAGAAGGAAACUCGAAUCAGACAGAAAAUUUAGUUUAACAUUAAACUUGCUGAAUGAACAAAGAGCUGAUCAAUGAUCAAUCACAAAUCUGAGGGAGGACAUUAAAAUGUGUUUGCUGGUUACUAACUUAUGUGUACAAAGUCCUAUUUAUACCUAUUUAUCCCAGCUGUGCCUUCACUCUUGCAGCUAGGUGGCACUGUCUGUCUGUUUUGACAGUAGCCUAAUUGAUAUUGUGUCCCAGUGCAUUAUGGGAAGAUAAAUUAAUUUAAAUGUUUAACUCUUAUUGAACCAUUGAGGGAAAACAGCACUGACUUACACAAACACUGACUCAUCAUGUACAGAUACCCCAGAUACCCCGGACUGAUCCCAAACAACCUGAGUCUCGCUAACAGCUAGCAUAACAUACACAUAACAUUAUGCUAGGUUGAAAACAAUCUUAACUCGUUGACUCUGUUGUGUUUCAAGAUCAAGAAUGAUCUGUCACAUUAAAAUAUGCUAACGUUUAUAACUUGUUCGUAGCUACUAUGAUACGGGCUAGCCUUAAUGCUAGCAGCUGCUAGCUAGCUAACAACAAACAGCUUCAAAUGUUACUGACAGGAUGUUACAACUGUGUAAUAUCUUUAAAGAGGCUGCUGGCUAUAACACUGGAUAUGUCAUAUAUGUUAUAUAUGUAAUAUAUGUUUUCCUCAGGAGGAUAAACCUGUCAUAUCAACAAACAAACAGCAACAACCAGCAUGUUUAAGUGCAACAUAUAGCAUCACACGAUGGUUCAGUGUAUUAAAACUGUGUGUGGACACAAACCUUUGGCUAUCAACAGCUAUCAUAGCUCUCACUUUUAGCUUGUUUUGUUGAUUUAACGUGUGCAAAGCUACAUUGCUGAACCCAAAUAUCUGAGCGCGCUCAGACUGAUGGGCUUCACUCGAUAUGAUGUAAAAGAAUAAUCAGUGUUUAAUGUACAUAUCCACCAUUCUGCAAAUCAGCACAUAUUCUGCAGAUUACCGCCCUACGGUCCAGACUACGACCUGGAAACAGGUCACAGUUUAUCCCUCAGAGGUUGGAGCUUUGGAUUCAGCCUGCAGAUUAUCAGCUGUGUCUCCAUGGCAACAGUUUGUUGUUUUAGCUGUUGAUUUUCUGUGUGAAGUUGUCACAAAGUGGAUUUAGUGGGUGUGGACGAACUGUCAGAUUUUAAUUUCAUCUACAUGAGAAACUCUACUGUCAGCCACACAGUGGGACAGGAUACUUCCUGGACUCCCCAGUGGGACACUUCCUGUUUCCUGGCACAAUACUUCCUGGACUGUGGGAAAGGAUACUUCCUAGACCGUGUUGUACGUUUUACAGUAUAAUCGGACUCUGGGAGCGGGACUGGGACUGACCCCAUCAGGCAAUAAGAAAUCAGACUCGGACUGUCUGAUUUUGAAACAAGCUCUUCCCGCUGACUGAUCGGAGUUUCCGUACUUUUCUUCUUCAUCUUUAAUAUUUCUGAUUGCUGUUUAAUCUCAAUGUCUCUCCUGUGUUUUUGCCUUGUAUGUUUUUUGAGCCUGUGUUUGACCCGUAGUUGUAGUUCUCUGAUCAGAUUAGACUUCUGCAUGCAUGUUAUGAUGAUGAACGUGAAGAUGUUAUGGUGCUUCAUCUUCAACUCUUUUGUUUAUUUAAAUAAAAACAAGAGGCGGAGCUUAAAAUCUGCCACUGAUGAUGUAUGUAAAUGGAGGUCACAGUUUGACCUCUGACCUCCUGAUCUCUGUACAGUUUUUUAGUCUUCUGGGACAUGAUGAAACAGAUUCUAAACUCUGAAUGGUUGAGCUCUGUUUGUUACUGAACGUUUUUCUACAAGGGAAUAAAAACUUUAAAGGGUUUGUAUAAAGUAUAAAUUCAGGAUCAGUUGUACUGAAGCAGAGGGCUUUCCUACUGAGUGUGUACAGUUGCUAACAGUGUGUAAAUGUGCCUGUAAAUACCUGUCUGAAGAUGAUGAUGAUGAUGAAGACGAGUCCGUCUGCAAUGGAAAUGUGUUUUUAUUGUGAAGAGGCAGGGGCCAAACACAGUUUUUAUCAUGUAAAAAUAAAGUUAUAAUUUUAACAGCU